CUCUUCCUCCAUUUCCGGCUUCUGGAGCCCGGCGCUCUCGGCUUCCGGUGUCAUGGCGGCUUGAGGUCUCGGCAGUCGGCGAGGCGGCUGCAGGCCCCUCCCUGCGGAGCCGCUGGUCCGGCAGGCGGGGAUGUGACCGCGGGCCCUGCCGGCCUGCCCCGGGCGUCGCCUCAGCUCGCGUGCCAGCGCCCUCCGUCCGCACCGAUGGCGGGGUCCGGCUGCGCGUGGGGCGCGGAGCCGCCGCGGUUUCUGGAAGCCUUCGGGCGGCUGUGGCAGGUACAGAGCCGCCUGGGGAGCGGCUCCUCGGCCUCGGUGUAUCGGGUGCGCUGCUGCGGCACUCCCGGCUCGCCCCCCGGCGCCCUCAAGCAGUUCUUACCGCCGGGAACCACCGGCGCUGCGGCCUCGGCCGCCGAGUAUGGUUUCCGCAAAGAGAGGGCGGCGCUGGAGCAAUUGCAGGGUCACAGGAACAUCGUGACUUUGUAUGGAGUUUUUACAAUCCAUUUCUCUCCGAAUGUGCCAUCACGCUGUCUGUUGCUUGAACUCCUGGAUGUCAGUGUUUCGGAAUUGCUUUUAUAUUCCAGUCAUCAGGGUUGUUCUAUGUGGAUGAUACAGCAUUGUGCCAGGGAUGUUCUGGAGGCCCUUGCUUUUCUUCACCAUGAGGGUUAUGUCCAUGCAGACCUCAAACCACGGAACAUAUUGUGGAGUGCAGAGAAUGAAUGUUUUAAACUCAUUGACUUUGGACUUAGCUUCAAAGAAGGCAAUCAGGAUGUGAAGUAUAUUCAGACAGACGGGUACCGGGCUCCAGAAGCAGAGCUGCAGAAUUGCUUGGCCCAGGCCGGCCUGCAGAGUGACACGGAGUGCACCUCAGCCGUGGAUCUCUGGAGCCUAGGAAUCAUUUUACUGGAAAUGUUCUCAGGAAUGAAACUGAAACAUACAGUCAGAUCUCAGGAAUGGAAGGCAAACAGUUCUGCUAUUAUCGAUCACAUAUUUGCCAGUAAAGCCGUGGUGAAUGCCGCAAUUCCAGCCUAUCACCUAAGAGACCUUAUCAAAAGCAUGCUUCACGACGACCCGGGCAGAAGAAUCCCUGCUGAGAUGGCUCUGUGCAGCCCCUUCUUUAGCAUUCCUUUCGCCCCUCAUAUUGAAGAUCUGGUGAUGCUUCCAACUCCAGUGCUAAGGCUACUGAAUGUGCUGGAUGAUGAUUAUCUCGAGAAUGAAGAGGAGUAUGAAGAUGUUGUAGAAGAUGUAAAAGAGGAGUGUCAAAAAUAUGGACCAGUGGUCUCUCUCCUUGUUCCAAAGGAAAAUCCUGGCAGGGGACAAGUCUUUGUGGAGUAUGCCAAUGCCGGUGAUUCCAAAGCUGCUCAGAAAUUGCUGACUGGAAGGAUGUUUGAUGGGAAGUUUGUUGUGGCCACAUUCUACCCGCUGAGUGCCUACAAGAGGGGAUAUCUGUACCAAACUUUGCUUUAAUCAGUAACCUGAGGACUCUUUCCUGUUUCUCCUCCAUUUCCUGGGUUAUUGUAUUCUACAUCUGAAUGCAGAAGUACCCCCUUACCAUUUUAAGGGAAUACUUUGUACAUUUAUUUAAUCCUACUAACGUGCUCAAGCAAUGACUGCCUUGCAAACAUUUGGCACUGAGUAGGACAAGACCUCUCAGCUAUACAUUGAGGGGUUUUAGAGCAUCCAUAUGGGCAACCUUUUGUUUUGUGCAGUAGGCCAAGUGCUGCUCUUCAGUAUGUAACCUAAAAAGAUACUAAUUAUUCCACAUGAUCGUGAAGCAAGGAUGAAUAAUAUCAUGUCAUAGUGAAUAUUAACAAGUUUGUUAGAGUCGGUGACAUCACUUCCAGAUUAUUCCUUUAUGUUGUCAGGUGGUUCUUCCUUAUCACUGAUACUCAUAGCUGGCACUGGAUGUUCCCAGUAAUUGUUAAGUGAUUGUCCAGCAGCAAUUACCUACUGUGUUCUUAACACUGAGUUACGAAUUUUUUUAAAGGAGUACUGUAGUACUGAAUAUUCCUUUAAAGAAACUGCAGUGAGCCUAUCUACUUUUUUUUUUUUUUUUUUAAUUAAGGCUUUUAAAAUAGAAAGCUGAUGCUUGAUCUUGCACAAUUUUUAUGUCUAGUUUGUAUGUUUGAGUGAGUGUGCAGGAAUGAAAGACUAGAGGAGAUUUGAGUCGGCGUGCUUUCUAGUGUGAGUCUUGUGAGCUCAUACAGUCUGUACCUGUCUCUUUCCUAGCUGUUUCAUGUCUGUAAGACUUAGGACAUAUGUUUUUUGAGAGUUGGUCUCAUAGAAUGUAAAUGAGAAAAUAGUUCAUUCCUGAGAGGCUCAGAACAAAUGAGUCUAGACUGGGUUAAA